AUGCUGAGCUCUCUCCUCCCCAAGCUGAUAUCGCUGGAGCAAUGUGCGUUCGUGAAAGGGAGAGCCAUCAACGAGAACAUUGCCAUGGCCCAGGAGGCAAUUAGAGAGCUCGAUAAGAAGUCCCACGGCGGCAAUAUUAUCUUGAAGCUAGAUUUAGAAAAAGCGUAUGAUAGGAUCAGUUGGAGCUUUCUCAAGCAAGUCUUCGGGAGGCAUUCGCCAAGGCGAUCCAUUAUCCCCAGCUUUGUUCAUCUUAGUGGCAAAAGCAUUCUCCAGAUCUUUCAAGCAACUACUCUUGCGUGUCGGAGUUCGUUGAUCACCAUCAAGAAGUUCCUUGAUUCCUUCCAAGAUAUGUCGGGCCAAAAAAUUAACUACAGCAAGAGUAGUUUCCUCUAUUCAGAUAAGUUGCCAGUUGUGAGAUUCAUGUCCAUUGAGCGCGUUCUAGGUAUUGCCAAAGCUAGAGCAGGAGUCCAAUAUUUGGGGGUACCAUUACUUAAGUGGAGAACCAAACAGGCAGAUUUUCAAUUCCUUAUAGACAAAGUUGAAAGAAGGAUUAGUGGCUAG